AUGUCAAGGUUGACGCCUGCCAUCGUAAGCGUUUCGGUGAAUGGUUGGCCCAUAAUGGUUGCAAAUGACGCAAAAUACACGGAAACUCUAGGAUCACCGUUUAUAUCUUUCUACGAUAUUCUUAUGCUGAAAAAACAUUACGAAAAAUGUAACCUACAUCAAGUCACAUCUGCAAAAUGUGAGAUGGGUGGUUUCCCCUAUCCUCGAAAGUGCUCCAGAUGCAUAUGUCCAAGUGGCUACGGAGGUCGACUAUGUAACGAAAAGCCGUCUGGUGGUGGAUCUGUGCUUGAGGCAAAAAGCGAGUACAAAACACCUUCCGAUAAAGUUGGAGAUUUUAGAGUGGGACUGCGGCCGAGAGAAGAUAUGACAACUUGUAACUAUUGGAUUAAGGCUCCGGUUGGAUUAAGGAUUGAAGUGAAAAUCGCGGAUCUUUCACGCAGUCUUGCUGUGGAUGGAUGCACCUACUGGGGAGUGGAAAUCAAGACCCAUACCGAUCAACGCCUCACUGGCUACAGGUUCUGUUCUCCAGAGGAUAUUGGAGUUACAUUGGUGUCAAACUAUCACAUUGUUCCAAUAAUAACUUACUAUUUAAGCAACUCAGUUCAAAUUACAGUAUCGUAUCGAUUGUAUAUUGUAGCAUCUGAUAAUCCUGGUGCUAUUUCAAAGCCUCAGCCACAAGUUUCUACGUCAGACCUUUAUUGCAGGGACAAUCCCAAGUAA